AAUCUUAUCUGCAUCUCGGUAUAUCUCUUCUUUCACUUCUCUCUCGGUUCUUUCACAACCUGUUUCUCUCUCAAUUUUCUACCACAGCGUCACUCUCACAGAUCGAACCUCUCACAUACAAAUCGAAGAUUAAUCAUAACCCGUCUCAAAAUCAAAGUUCAUAUAUCAGCAGAAAUCAAAAGGAAACCCUUUUUGUAACCCUGUAUCUAGUUUAAUUAACGGGAAGAAGAAGAUAUCGAACUAGAGAUUGAACUCAUUUUUAACUUUAAUUUAGUUUUUAGUUGAGAUUAUUGUUAUUUGAUUAGAUUAUAUUUGCUUGGUAUUGGUUAAUUCGAUCUGAAUAUGUCGAUUCAUCAUCAGCGACAUCAGCUACCAUAUUGCUGCUAUUUCUGGUGGUGGUGAAGACUCCAAGAAGAAAAUUUCCUCAGGUAUAAACCUUAUUGUUAUUACAUGUUCUUUUCCAUUUUUGCUUGAUUUUCGAAAUUGAAACAUCAGUUUUGGUGAUUUCUACUCACAAACCCGAAUCUGUUGAUUCCUUGGUAUGUCUCGAAAUCCUAAAAUGAGACUUUUAGUAAAUUUUUGAAACAGAACCCUAACAACUUCAUUGAUGCAGAGAAGACCCUAUAUCACCUAAUCAGUAUCAAAAUCUCAAAGGUGGUAGCUAUUUUGUAUACCUUUGUGCAGAGGGGUUUCUCUUGAUGAUAAGAAGAGUAGUUUAUGUCAACAAUUCUUGAUAUCAAAACUGGUGGAAUCACAGAUAAUAAGUAUGCAUUCGGGAUCUUAGUGUUUAUACUUCUAACAAAGUGCGCAGACCUAUCUCCCAAUAUUAGCGCCUUCGAAAAAUUACAUUUCUUAAUUUGUAGUGCGCUCACUAGCUUUGGUGUGAUUCCGAUGAUGACGGGGAUUAGGUAUUUCAAUCUCACAGGCCCACGUAUUUUUGAUUUGAAACGUAUUUGUGUCUUGAAAUCUUCUGAUUCACUCUUUUUAACUUCAACCUCUCGUUUAUUUGCAUCUAUAACAUCAACUAGUUGGCAUUUAUUGGUUACAUUUUGCACACUUCAUGUGGCACAAAGAUUCAAUGUUUUUAAGACCAAGGCAAUUGAUACCGAAACUGUGAUGUUAUUUGGUAUUUUAAAUGACGUGUCUACUGGACUUCUCGAUUUAUGUCUUGGGUUCAAUUCCAUUGGAUUCUACCAGAUGACCAAACUUGCAAUUAUACCCUUUACAGUACUGUCAGAGACCCUGUUCCUUGACAAGCAUAUGAUCCAGUAAAAGGACUGUGUUUAUCAGAAUUACUGUUAAGUCUAUCGAAGGGAGACGUAAUCUGAAAACUUAUAGUGCUCCCAGGACCAGUCGUUUUAAGAAUUACUGUUACUCAGAUGGGCACGCAGAGGAGAACAUUAAGUUGCAAUGGAUGGAGGAGGGCAUGUAAACCACUCUUGACUCGUGCAGGGUUAGAAACAACACCAAAAGGAAAGCCAAGGCGGACUGACCAAAAGCAGGAAGGGUUACUGCGAAGAGAUCGAAAGCUGCGAGGUGAUAAAGCCGGAGGUCACCAUAUGCUGAGUAUAAAGCCAACGAAGCAGGGAUUGAACAUGAUAGCAUCGAGUCAACAUUGAGUGCAACAACAGGCAAUGCCUUAGCAAGGGAAAAGGCAAUAGAACUGACGCGGCAGCUGGAUAUGAUGAAUAAAUAUGCAAGAAGUAGACCAUGCAAACCCGAGAUUGCAGCAUUAUUUUCUCUAAAGCAAAGGGAUAACGUUAACGAAGAUAUCUUGCUCACGACAUACUUCGUCAAUUUUAGCUCAUUACGUGUAACACGACACCUCGCUACUUCUCUCCAACAUGAAGAUUCAACAAUCAAGCAUACAAGGGCAAAAUCGAAGCGAAGCAAUGAAUGAUCCCAACAACAACUCAUGAUCGACAGCAACAAGAUCAAGGAAUGGUGCUUCUGUACCAAAACUCAUGAUCGACAGCAACAAGAUCAAGGAAUGGUGCUUCUGUACCAAAACGAAGCUUCCGAACUUCGCAAAAGAAUAAGAGUAAAGUAUAUACUUUUCAAGUUAUUCUUUCGCUCGUUCCUUCAACAGCAAAGAUCAAAGAUGUCCACUCGAGCACCACACGUCUCGCUCCAAGAACUACACCAACACGGAUUUUUUCUUAAGGAUUGCUCUUCAAGCCAUACUCAAGAAAAAAGGGCAAAAUGUAGAUACCAAAAACCAUGCUCAACGUCUGGUGCCCAAUGAAAGCCAAUGUAGUAUGACAUUCCUAAGAUAGUUUACAUAGUAUCUAGACCAAGAUAGCUUAGUUUGGAAGCAAAGGUUAUAUUUGUAAAUUCAUUUUUACUCUAUAGUACUAAAGAAAAUAUCUAAGAGAGAGAAAGGGAAUCAGAUUUUAUUUUUCUCUAUCAUCUUCUUCCCCAAAACUAGAUCUAGAAGAGCUCCAAAAACUCAUUAAUGGAGUCUCACAUUGUAAAUCAAUUAAUCAUAGUGAACAACCAUGGAUGUAGAUCGAUUAUGAUCGAACCAUGUAAAAAUCAAGUGUCUCCUUUACAUUCUAGCACUUUUA